UUAGAUCUGGCGGCAUUCCGGCAUGCAUGGCUUUAGUGGAUAAAUAUUAUUUUUCAAUGAUAGAGAUUUCAGUGGUUUUGAAUUUUAUAGUUGGAGAAUAAGCCUAAAUAUAUGGCUAGAUCAGUAGUAAUUUCAUUUAAAUAUGGAUUUGUCGGAAUUUAAAGCGAUUUUUGUGUGCAACAGAACCCUAUGGAAGGUGAUAUCGAGCCACAACUGCUUGCCCAAGUCGUUUGUGAGCGAGCAGUUACAAGCAGCGGCUCAGCAGCUCAGGGGCGGCGUGCAGUUCUUCAAGCCUCCGAGCGAGGCAUCUGACGCUCGAGUAAAGAAGUAUGUCGAAGCAGCGAUGAGAGCCAGUGCUGGAAGGGAUGUCCUCUGCAAUCUCCUUUUCGAAAGAAUUAACAAAUUUCUGGCCCUGGAUGCAGAGCAGGCCUGGGACUUAAUGCGCUACUAUCUUCUGUACGGAUUCAAGGGCGAGCCGGAGGACUUGGCAUUGUACUUGGAGGAUCGCCAUAAGAACGAGUUGAUCUCGAAAGACAUUGAGAAGUUCUACAGGAGUGAAAGGCUUCAUCUGCUCAAAUGUAUCAAUGCAGCAUUAACUUUCUCGGGGAUGGAGAGUCACCCUCUAAAAGAUCUGUUGCGAGAGGUGAUGGGCGCGGAGGCAAGCAUCGUGCAGUCGACGAUCUCGCAAGUGCGGUCGCUGCUGUCGGCGGCUGUGCCCUCUGCGCGCUCCCACGGGGAGCUGGUGACCAAGGCCUACCAGAAGCAGUGGUACUACAGGAACCUCCAGGAACAGGUCGACGCUGCCCACAACCUGCUGCUGUCCGUGUCGGGCCACAGGGUUGAGCCGAGCUCGGUGCAGGAAAUUGUGGCCCUGUGCGUGUCACACGAUUUCGGCCGGCGCCAGCCAGAUGUCUCUGUGUUUGAGGAGAAAGCCAGGAACCUGUUUCAGAAAAUAGGGUACCUGGAGGUGCUUGUGAUUCUGAAGUCCUUGGCUCUGGACAGUUUGGAAGAAAGCCAGCUGUACCGGGAAGAGGUCGUGUUCAGGGAGGUGAGCUCGAUGAUGGACAAGCUCGGGCACCGGCCGGAGCACGGCCCCGUCCUGCUGGCGUGGAUGAUCGUGGUCCAGUGCCACCCGGACAUGGACCAAGAUGCCAAGAGCAAGUACGCGAGACUCGGCUCCCAGGUCAUCAAGCUGGACGUCUUCACUUUCUUGGAGAGCUUGCUUUCCGAGACUGCGUUCAAGGAGCAACCUAACUGUGCAGCCAUUGCCCACGAAGUAGUUUAUUGGCUGCUGUUUUCACUGGUGGAUAACUUCGAAGUGGACGACUGGAACGACCUGCCGAAGAUCUACUCUGCGACGGCAGUGUGCCUGCGAAACAGAGCGACGCUGGACCUGUACUGGGGCGAGGAGCCGGGACGUGGCCUCAACUCCUUGUGCAGCCUCGCGGCCAGGAGCUUCCCGGCGGUGCCGCUGCCCUUCAGCUCGAUCGUGGAGUCGCUGGCGCAGUGUGGCCCGGCCAGCGUCCGCAGGCUGGUGGAGGUGUUGCGGGCGAUCCCUUGCUACGGGGACGAGCUAGAUGCUGCCACCGCCGCCUCGCUCCUGCAGCCGGUCACCUCCAGCGUGUUCCUUGCUCGUCACGACCACACCACCGGCACGGGGCUGGCCGUCCCGACAGGCACCGUGUGCCACGUCCUGGUCAAGAAGGAAACAACCAUCGUCUCGUGGGACAUCACCUACAGUUUCUUCCACGUGGUUUCCCAUGAGCUCGCUACUUUCGUCUCCCAGGUGUAUGUGACUUCCAAUGUUGAAAAGUUUGCAAAAUUGGUCUCGCUUCUUACAUGCUUGAGUAACUUGAUGAAUUCAAAGUGCAUUGUGGAAGGUGACAUUGUUUUUCCUGUUGAAACAAUUUUCAAGCUGAUAGAAAGGUUCAGCAAUGUUCCUUCGAUUCCAUCUGAGAUAUUAGCUCGUUGCUUGGACAUAGUGACCGCAUUGUGGCCAAAAUAUUCCAGCGAAAUCGCAACUCGUCUUGGGGUUUUGAAGUUCUUGCCGUCCAUCCAGGCCCAAGUAUUGCCCUCGACUGACUCCAAUAUGUUAGAAAUGUAUCAUUGUGGCUCUCUAGGGCUGAUUAUCAUCAAUACUGAAUGUGGUGCUAAGCGUUACCCGCUUCUUAUCAGCUACCUAAAGUUUGUGGAGCUACUCAUGAAGCCGGACGCAGCCGUCGGUCAGGCGAGUGCAGACGCCUCGGCCAAGCCCCUGGAGGCUGCGAUAGAGAAGAACUACAAGCUGCUGCUGCCGGCGGUGCAGUACGUGCUGCAGGAGGUGUUCCCUCAGCACGGCUUCUGGCAGUACGAGAGCAGGGGCGAGCGCGACGCGGUGACGCUCGCCUGCCUGCAGACCCUGCAGAGGGUGCUGGCCAUCGAGGAGGGCGUCGCGAGCAGCUCCCCCGUGUCUGUGCUGCACGGCCUGUGCUACCGGUUCCUGCUGGAGGAGGAGGGGGCCAAGCCCCUGCUCAAGAUUGUCGGCACAGGGAACGAGGUUCUGUGCAUUCUGAUGGAGCAACAAAUGAGCUGGCUGGAGGGACCGGGGUUGAAGUACAUCAGCAUCGUGCGGCUGGCUCUGGCCAUCCUUGGCCGAGUGCUGCUGCUUCACUCCAACAAGAAAGGUGUGUUGUCCCCCCUGGAAGAACUGAUCUACUCUGACCGGAACGAUAGCUGCGGGUGUCGCAUCAUCGAAGUGGUGGUCAGCUAUGUUCAUAACAGCUACAACUCCUACCUCGCUACGCUGGCCGUGGAGGUCCUCAGAAGAUUUGCACUGGCGCUGCCCACGUCCUUGAAGAUGUGCAUGGGCAUGGACCCGGACGUGAUCCGCUUCACGUUCCUGUCGGGGCUGAAGAACAAGGAGGAGGCGCCCCACCUGAAGGCGGCGGUGCUGAACUUCGUGAGGGCGUGCGUGGAGAAGCAGGCCGGGCUGGCGGACGUGUUGUUCUGCAUACAGAGCCCGCAGCGGGACGACCUGUCCUGGCUCCCUCCCAAGCCCUUCAAGGAGCGCGAGCAGGGCGGGUGCCUGGUGUACGCCUGCUUCGUCCUCGAGAGCGUGCUGAGUGAACCUGAAAGGAUAAAGCACGAAGAAUACACUUCAGUCAUGAAGCUGCUGUAUGCUCUAUGGGUUCACAGGAGAACUGGCAUUCUUGAAUUCUUAAGAAAUCGAAAAAAUUUUUGGAACCAUUUCUGCUAUCCUCUCUUCAUUAAUCCUUAUUUUGACACUUGUGGCUACCAGUACAUCUUCAACAUACUCAGCAUGGAACUGUUCGACUUGUAUGGGAAAGUGGCUCCUGAGCUGCAGGAGAACCUCGACAAGCUGUUUGAUCCAGCAAAUAAGUACCUGGAGAUGUGGGCCAAGUUUGUUCCCGCGUCGCUGCUGGAGGAGCACCGCGCCAAGGGGCGGGGCGGCCUGGACGGUGUGGCGCUGCUGCUGCUCUGGAAGAACUUCCUGCUGAUCGCCCUGGGCAUGGAGGACCGGCACGUGGCCCCGGAGCAGCGCGGUCUCCUGGCGGGCAGCGUGAUGGGGGCCCUGCUGGACGAGCUGGGGCGGCGCGCCAACCAGCUGACCGGCGCCCUGCUGGCCGAGCUCUACCUCUACCUCAUCGGCGACUGGAAGGGGGACUGUUUUGCAGAUAAGGUUCGUGGUCGGGACCAGAUAGUGAGGCUGCUGCAGACAGUUGCGGAGUCGUGCAGCAUCUUGCACACGCGUUGCGUGGAGGCAGUGCUUGGCCUGUCGCUGCCGGCAGUCACUGCCCUGAGUGGACAGUUCAAACAAGACGUGGUUUCUUCAAGCAUCAUGCAGUCCUGCAUCACUCUUGUAUCGUACGAGAUAUCUGUCCUGUGCCAGUCUCCAGACAUUGACGAACAGCAGACCAAGGAUGGCAGUGCACUGAGCAAGAAGUCUAUGCCCUUCGUGCUGGCAAUGCGAUUGCUGUCCAAGCUGGUGCUCGAACUGGACAGCAGUGACUCGUGGAAAGCACACUUCAAAGCCACUAGGAUAAUGGACAUUAUUCUCGCAGCGACGAGAAGGUUCCUUCAGAUAACAUCACACCUGCCGCUUGCGGUUGAGUGUGUGGACGUAAUUGCAAUAAUUGCAAAUUCAUCGCUUUCCUCCAGUCUAAAGAAUUUGGACUUGCCGACGAAUUUGUUCAUACAUUUGUUGCCGCCUAUAGAGACUCAUGGACCACAGGCGGUGUGGCUCCAGACGCAGUGGGUGACGCUGUACAGGUCGCUGCUCACGGUUGUGACCUCGCUGCUGCGGAGGAACGGGGUCCACUUCCUGGACGACGCUGUCACCUUCGUGGCGGUGCACGAGCGCCACCUGGUGUCGGCGAUGCUCAUCACCCAGCACUCCUUGGAGCAGACGCACACCGAACUGGCGCGCUCUGCCCUCCUCCUGCUGCAGGAGAUGACUCGCUGGCAUGCCCAGUGGGCUCAGCGGCAGUACCAGUCCCUCACCCACGCACUGAGUGGCAUCAUCAGUUGUUUGGAGUACUGCGUGUCGUUCUGGGUGAAACCAGCAGUGAUCAGUAAUGUGCUGGAAAAGAAACUCCUCACUAAUAAACAGAAAUUAAAUGAAUUUCGGUCUGCUCCAAUCGAGCACACAGCCGAGUUUGCCAGUGUUUGUAAUAGGCUCCUGCAGCUCAUCAUAAUUUCGCUAGCGUGCCUCCUCCCGUUCAGCCCGCGGCUGGAUGACCUGGUCACUUCGUACUCCGAGACUGAGAGGACUUGGCUGCCGAUAGUCGAGAUCAGCUUUGCUCUUCCGUGCGUCCACAGCGAGCCCAGGUCCGUGCUCGCCAUUGGCACCGUCGUGAAGAUCAUUCACACCUGCGUCCAGUCACUCCUCAAGACAGCGCGGUCUCCGUCCCCGCGCAGGAUGUUCUCCGCGUCGUCCGUGCACCCGGCCCUGAACCCCUCGUGGGUGGGCGUGCUGGACAAGGGCAGUGUGGCCGUGGCGCUGGAGAUGAGCCUCCAGUUGACGUGCGCUCAGGGAAUACUGCUGCUGCGUAGCGCGACUGUGCCCGACCGAGACAAGCACCACCUGCAGCGAGAGCUCAUCUCCGUCCUGACUUUGCUGCUGGAGUACGCGCGCCGUAAUUUCCGCGAGAGCUGGGACUCGUUGAGGCAGCACUCGGUGGUCCAGAGCGACGGGGAGACGUCGGUGGCGGACAGCCCCGGCUCCACGUCGUUGAAGAGGUCGCUGGGCUCGUCGCCGUCCGGCACGACCAAGUCGCCCGCCACCCCGAGGGCCGGCAAGACCCCUACCAGGAACCUCACGGUGCCGCGCUCGGCCGGCAAGUCGCCGGUCACCGACUCUGGUCGGAGGAGGUCCAGCGGGGAGAACGACGUGCCUCCGCAGUUCCUGUUUGCACGCGAGGAUUGUCUGCAGUGCUUGAUAAAUGUGUUCGGUCACCACCGAUAGAUUUUCAUACUUGUACAUAACUGAAUGCAUUUUGUAUGUGAUUGUUACAACCAUGGAAAAGUUUGUAUUAUUAACAAUUUCAUUAAUGUGCGACAGACUG